AGGAAGGCUGGGCCCCAGGCGCCGGAAAUGACUCAAACCGGCAGCGCCUUCCCUUGGAGAAACCAGGGGCGCGGAUUUGGAAAUUGAGGACAGAGCUUGAAAGUGGUAAAGCUGUUUUCAGCCUGGCGUGUACAUCUUUGUUCAGUACAGGACGGAUUGAGUCACUAAACCUUUAAAGAAAAAAUUUGGCUCUCUGCGACACCAGUGGUCUUGCCUCGCAGUGAUUUCCGUAAACGUCCCAGAGGACCAAAGACGGCUGUGGUGGAGGCUGGACAGUCACUUUUUCUAAACUCGAGAAAGCGUUGAAGGUUCCUUGCAUUUUCGAAUUUAACUCGGCAUAAUCAGCGCGGUGGUCCCAGCACUUUGUUGGGGAGCUAUUUGUUGUCGAGCUUGCACGGUAUUAUUCGGAAAGAAAAAACUGUUUCCAUCGUUUGUCUUGGCGAAGAACUGUACAGGAAAAAUGUCAACCUUCCCCAAAAUAUCUCUGAGACCUGAGGUUGAAAAUUAUCUUAAAGAGGGCUUUAUGAACAAGGAGAUUUUAUCUGUUUUGGGUAAACAAGAAGCAGAAAGGAAGUAUGAAACUCUGUUAAAUCACCUGUCACACCCGCCGUCAUUCACAACUGUCAGAGUGAAUACACAUUUAGCCUCUGUACAACAAGUGAAAAGUCUGUUACUUGAUGAACUUCAGAAGCAAUUUAAUGGCAUAAGUAUUCCUAUUCUUCAACAUCCAGACCUUCAGGAUAUCCUACUUAUUCCUGUUAUUGGACCUAGGAAGAAUAUACAAAAACAACAACAUGAAGCCAUUGUUGGAGCCCAGUGUGGCAAUGCAGUGUUAAGAGGAGCCCAUGUAUAUAUUCCAGGAAUUGUGUCAGCUUCGAAAUUUAUGAAAGCUGGAGAUGUUAUUUCUGUUUACUCUGAUAUUAAUGGAAGAUGUAAGAAGGGAGCCAAAGAAUUUGAUGGAACAAAAGUAUUUCUUGGAAAUGGGAUUUCUGAAGUAAGCCGUAAAGAAAUCUUCAGUGGGCUGCCUGAACUGAAAGGAAUAGGCAUAAGAAUGACGGAACCAGUAUAUCUCAGCCCUUCAUUUGACAAUGUGCUGCCUGGUUACUUAUUUUUACAGAAUUUGCCUUCUGCUGUAGUAACUCAUGUUCUAAAUCCUCAACCUGGAGAGAAGAUUCUAGACUUGUGUGCUGCACCUGGAGGCAAAACAACACACAUUGCAGCACUAAUGCAUGACCAGGGAGAAGUAAUAGCAUUGGAUAAAAUACCCAACAAAGUAGAAAAAAUAAAGAAGAAUGCUUCAUUGUUAAAGCUGCAUUCCAUCAGGGCGUUUUGUUUUGACGGAACAAAGGCACUUAAACUUGAUAUGGUUGAGGACACAAAAGGGAAACCUCCAUUCUUACCAGAGUCUUUUGACCGAAUUCUUCUUGAUGCACCCUGUAGUGGAAUGGGACAGAGACCAAAUAUGGCCUGUGGUUGGACCUUGAAGGAAGUGACAUCGUAUCAGCCAUUACAGCGGAAACUGUUUACUGUGGCAGUUCAGCUGUUGAAACCAGGGGGUAUUCUGGUCUAUAGUACAUGCACUGUAACACUGGCUGAAAAUGAAGAACAAGUUGCAUGGGCCCUCACAACAUUUCCUUGUCUUCAGCUUCAGCCCCAGGACCCACAGAUUGGAGGAGAAGGAAUGCUGGGAGCUGGCCUAUCAUUUGAACAGUUGAAACAGCUGCAGCGAUUUGAUCCAUCUGUUGUGCCAUUACAGAACACUGACAUUGGUUCUCUCAGAGAUGCCAGAACUGAAGACAUGAUUUGGCUGGCAAAUAAGGAUUGUAUAGGCUUUUUCAUUGCAAAAUUUAUGAAAUGCAAAAGCACACAGGAGAAGGAUCAUCAGAAAUGAAAACUGAAUAUUUGCUAUCUGUAUUUUUUUUUAAUUGUUUGUAAUAAAACCAGUGUGUUGUCAGAUCAAGCAAGUGGUAGCCUGGUUACUAAGGAAACAGAAAAGGCUGCCAGCUGUUUCAUCAGGGAUCAAGUGGCAUAGAGGAGGAAGUAAAGGUGAUAUGAGAUAGUUGUUUUGUUUUUUUUAAUUUUCCUUAUGGAUAGAGUAUAAAAAAAAGAUUCUGUACAUAUCUAGAACAUGUUUUCAUUUGGGAAGUUUUUAAUUUGUAAAGAAUAUAAAUAAUGUUUACUGUUAAAAAUUAGUGAAUCUAACAAAAGGAAUAAAAUUAGCAAUAUUUAAUGUGGUUUACAAAAUAAUUGUUUUCUGUUUCCAAUAAAAUUCCACUUCCUUAAGAAUUCAGGGUAUGAGAAGUAGAACAUUUACCAUGUACCAAUGACUGAGGUAAAUAUUUUAUAUGACUUAUUCAGUAAAUCAACUCUUUUUCACAUGAAA